GCAAGUCAGUCAUUUAAUCCUUCCUUAUUAGAAGAUCUGUUAUCUCACGGAACUCAUAAUAAUGCUGAAGCUCUGGACUCUCCUACUUGCCUGUGCGCUGAUUAUUUGUCAGAUGUACAUCUCACAGGCAGCUCCAUCCAGAACUAGUAAGGAGUCCAUGUCAGAUGGAGUCACCGGAUUGAACGAUGAUGUGCAAAGGUUGUUCAAAACUAUCAAGGAGUUCAUGCAGAUAACUUCAGAUGAGCAAGACCACCCAGCAGCUGAAGGAAGCAGCUUGAAUACACACGUGUCUAAGUGUUGUGCAGGCUUAAGCACCUGUGUGCUGGGCAAGCUCUCCCAGGAUACUCACAAACUACAAACCUUUCCCCACACCAACGUGGGAGCAGGGACACCUGGCAAGAAAAGAAGUCUGUCUGAGCAAUAUGAAAACUAUGGCAGCUCAUACAGUUGAAGCUCUCAUA